CCUGAUGCCGCGGUCAUGGGGCCUGUGCUCAUGGGGCCUGUGGCGACUAUAUAGUACCGUGUACGGAAAUAGUGGAUGGCAGUGCGGACUGCUUGGUACGUGCGACGCGUGGUUAUUUAAUUUUAUGUUGAGGGAUGACAGUCUGCCUUCUGUUGGGCUAUUAAGGAUGGAAGGGAUGCUGCCACUUAGCUAUGCGGGGAGGCGCUAGUAGUUCUCCACACAACCUUUGCGGCGAUUACACAGUCACGGAAAGCCAUGAAAACGACCUUGGGCAGCUUGGUAAAGCUAUACCUCUCCUGUAUGCUUGCUAUAGUUGGCAAUGUACAGGCUUCUUUUGUCAUUACUGACGAGCAGAGUCUCCACAGCGCUAUUGAGGAAGCGACUACCAGGAAUGUUCAGAAUUUAGAGCUUCAGCUUCCACCCGCGACGCUUUCGUUAACGAGGGCCCUCCACGUGAGCAUAGGUCUGGUGCUUCAAGGCGCCAGUUUGGCUGAACCAGGGACUUCUCCAAGAUCUAUAUUAAAAUGCACAUCCAGCGAAAUGAGCCUCAUCGUUCUAAGCAGCCGCAGCGCAGGGCUUACAAUCUCCGGUGUCCACCUAGAAGGAUGUAUGCGCCCUGGCCUCCUGGUCAGCUACGGAUCUAAGGCUGACAUUGUAAUUACAGACUCGGUAUUCUCGAAUUUCCAUCGCGUUUUGGAGCCUGGACGGGUAUACGUAUCAAAUGCAGCUGGUGUUGCACCCAUCACGUCGGAAACUAUGGCACUGGCUAUCCAUGCAAGCGCCUUUGCUGGCAACUUGACCAUCCGCAACUCCAUCUUCAACAACAACACCUUUUCAGUAAGCGGGUCAGCGUCAGCAGCUGAACCGGUAUCAGGACAGCAACGGCACCGGAUGGCCCACCGGAGGCUGACUCGGGAGGAUGAGGUUCCUGGAGGCUUCCUCACAACCCAAGAGCAGGCGUCUGGUAUCAGCAGCCAGACGGCAAAAGUGGGCAGCAAUGUGGGCCCGCAGCAGCAGCAUCUGCAGCAGCGGAAGUUGGCGUCAUCAGCCACCACAGCUUCAAGUGGCUACCCUGUAGCUCAGGCAGCUGAGCUUCACUCUGGUCUCCAGGAGGGGCCGUGGGCUGAUGACAUGGAGGCUGUUAUUGCAGUGUCCUGCCAUGGCAACGACCUCCCUGCUGACAGCAACCUGAUGCCACAGUCGUGCAAUGUCACGUUUGAGGGAGUUUCCAUAUUAGGCAAUACUGGCGUUGCAACAAGUGGCCUGUACGUCUUAUGUGAUAAUGUUACGUGCAAUGUGGACAUCCGAGAUUGCACAAUUAAGGACAACAAGCUGCUGUGGCAACCGGCUCUUGAUCCAGCAACAUUGCCGAGUCCUGGGAACACUUUUGGAGACUAUGAUACCGGUUUUCAGCUGCUUACAACCAUGGCACCCUGGCUCACAUACACAUACCCUGUCAUUCGCUAUACCAAGUUGAUGAGAGAAACCGUAGUCAGUUUUGACCAGGCAUAUGCAUUGUUAUCAUCAUCUGGAUUUCCAAGUGUCACAGGACGCACCUUGGGCGCCAUAGUGAUCCAUCAGCGAAAUGCGCCUUGCUCUGCUCCGUUGUCAACGGGCACGCCAAUGGCAAAAGUAUCUGUCCAAGGCGGCCACUACAGUGGCAACGAUGGUGCAGUGAUCAUGAGUACGGCGAUUGAUUGGAUUCACCUAGCCUCUUGCAGCAGUUCUGGGGCUUCACCUGGCCCGUCAAGGCACAGUGCUGAUGUCUUGUUAUCAGGACUCGCUAUCAAUAGCCACGCCAACGGGAUGCCUGCUGUCUGGCUGCGGUGGCCACGCAAUGUACUUGUUACUGACUGCAAGGUCACUGACAGCUCAGGUGCCCUUUGGAUGGAAGAAGUCCGCGACAGUGCAACCGUCGAGGGCUCCACCUUUAGAGGCAACUAUAUCCCAGCGCAGCACUGGUUAUCCCAUUGGGGCUUUAUCGCCUCGGCACCGAACGAAGAUGACAACACCGUUUUCCCAGUCAGGAUUGGCACCGGGUCCUCCCAAGUUGUCUUGAUCAUGAUGACACCACUGGGCAACGUGGAGAACACAGCCACUGUUAAAGACAGCAUAUUUGAAGAAAAUGCUGCCUACACCACGGGCGCACUUUACAUCGUUGGCUAUGACAUGCCAGUCGAUGAUAAGGACAACCUUCCUGGUCGCACGCGAGCACUUGUCUCAAAUGUGACCUUUACUCGGAACUAUUGCAGGCGUGCCUCUUUUGGCUUGUCACCAUCUGCCACUGGAGCGAUCUGCCUUACUUCAGAAAGGCCGCUGUACAUCUACGGAGUCUACAAUGCUGCCAUCACGGGAUCCAGGUUCCAUGACAAUCGCAAUGGUGGUGUUUACAUAGAUCAUUGCGGUGUGAUGACAGUCACCUCCUCUUCAUUUACGGACAAUCUCCAGACGUACAACGCAAGGUCAAACAGCGCGAACCAAGGAAUUGGUGGUGGGGCCUUAACUGGCUGGUCAAUCAGUUAUGGUGGUGCCAACAUUUACGACAGCACGUUCAUUAACAACACGUCACCACCUGGAGGUGGUGCAGUUUUCCUCCGUGACGUGUACAUUUCAUUUCUCAAGAACAACAGCUUCAUAAGAAACACCGCAACAAGUGGAGAUGGAGGGGCUGUGUGGAUUAUUACGACUGAGAAGGAGGGUAGUGAUCCACCUUCAUAUAACAUGAACUAUGACUCGCUUUGGGGCUGCACCUUCACUGGUAACCGUGCAGGCAGAAGGGGGGGUGCAGUUGCUGGAAUUGAUGUAGCAGCUAGCUCAGGAUGGAUGAUUACCGGCAACACUAUGGAAGGAAACAUUGCCAUGGUAAACCCACCGAAACAUGUGAUGGAUUAUCUACCGAGAGAUGACAUGGCUGGUGGAGGCGCCAUGUAUAUACAAAACACUGCAUUCGCCAGCUUUACUGGCAAUGUCUUCAUGAAAAACAAGGUACUACGGCAUGCCGGUGGAGCCGUGCGCCUGAUGGAGGGUCAAGUUGCAACUUUUAGUGAUAAUGUUUUCUCAGGCAACAUUGCUAUCAUGGGUGGUGCUGUGGCAGCAACCAGGGUCGGCCAGCUGUUUCUUGAGCAGUGCAGUUUUGACAACAACUCGGUGACGAACCCAUGGGCCUGGCCGGAUACAUCUCCAGAGCCAGGAGCAGCAAAUGAAAAAGUGCAUUUCCCCCUGAGCUCUCUGGAUUCGGGAUAUGGUGGCGGACUGUACGUCUUACAGACCCCAACACAGAUUGCCUCCCUAUCGCAGUUCACAAACAACACGGCCUUACUUGGUGGGGGCAUAGCUGCCAUCUCGGGCAACUUGUCAAUUAUGGCACCUUCAGGCUUUACCCACCUUGAGCUCACAGUGUCUGAGCAAAUUGCGGAGGCUCCGGGUGCACCCAACCCCUUGGGUGUUAAAGGGGUAAUACCGUACAGCAUCCUUUUCGCAAACAACAUCGCCCUGAUUGGUGGAGGAGUCUAUAUGCACGACGUUGUACGUAUCUCUGCUGCCGGGGUUAUGACAGAUACAUUUAUCGAUUUUGGACCAGUUAGCCAAACAUAUCUGUCCGAGGGCUACAAAGUGUAUAAGGUCGAGGAGUUUGAUGAUGGGUCGCAGUUAACCACCUACAUUACACCUGAAACGGUACCGCUAAUCGAUCAACCUGCAGUCGUUUUCUACAAUAACACAGCAAAUGGUGGUGCAGCCAUUAUGCUAGAUGGUGGGCUUGAGGUAUACCUGAACAACACCCGUUUCCUGGGCAACCGUGCUUACACGCCUCCGCUUGCUGAGGGGUACACUGGACUCCAGGGACGAGAGGCCAUGAACUGGUCAGCAGCCAGGCACGCAUGUUAUUCGGGUGAAGGAGCAGCAGCAUGCAUCGUUGGCUGGGAGGGUAGCUCCAUAGAGUUCGACAAUUCGGAUGUCUUUGGCAACGAGGCAGAUGUGCAUGGUGGCGGCUUCUACGUGGGCGAGGGACGGAGCUGCGGGAACCUAGCUGGAUGCUACAGUGUUCGGUUGAACAAUGUAAAUAUGUCAGGAAAUGUUGCACGCUAUGGCCGCGGUGGCGCCAUUUUUUGGGAGCACGAGGCCGUUGUGGAGGUCAACUCCUGUGCUCCUGACUCCUACCACACCAUCCCUCUAGGCUCAGCAGAAUCAGGAGUACCACCAGCAGGCGAUGUUUACAGUUUGGAUGGCGAUUAUAUUAUAGCCGACUUUUCCAAGGUUCCUACCACGCAAAUUAAGCUUGUGUUACCAGGCCGCAAAGCUCUGCCUGUCACCUAUGGCAAGCUAGUCCGCAAUCUGCAGGCUGAGCUGCUGCAGCCAUUAGGGGGCCCUGUGGCGACAGCCAACAGCAGCAUCUACAUGGUCAAUGGCAAUCUCGUGUUGCCAAACGACACUGCGGCAGCUGCCUUGGAGAUAAUCGACGAGUUAGGGUUGACGUCCAUUGAUUUAGAAGGCACAGUCGUCCUAAAUGUGAACGACACGUCUUGGCUUGGAAUGCCGUACAAUCAGUUGCCUUGUUCCAACUGGGAGUACAACGUUGCUGUGAGCGGGAAUGACAUCAGUACGACGCCAUAUUUUCUGCUGGUCCAGCCCUACAAGCCUUUCUACAGCUCAAACACCAACUUGCAGCUGGCCGUCACCACACACGACUGGUUUGGCAACAACUGUGCGGAAGUGAACAGCACGAGGACUGUAGUAAUUGUUGAGGCGGUGUCACCAAAGGUAUCGGGCACCAUAAGCCAGACGGUCGUGAACGGUCUUGCUGACUUCACAAGCCUAGUGCUUCGCACGCGCGAGGGUCCUCACAGCAUCACCUUCGUCGGGCGCUCAAGCAGCCCACUGCGCAUCCUUAAGCCAGACACGGUAGAGGUGUACGUGCGGCCGUGCAGCAUAAAUGAGCAUCUUGCACCGGAAAACCAAGACGAGUGCAUUAAAUGUAAACAUGGCUCGUACAACCUUGACACGACUUCGGAAAGCUGUAUUCCAUGCCCAGUUAAUGCGAUCUGCAAUUACCUGACAAACGUUUCUGGUUACGUGGUUGCCGACGAUGCGGGUUACAUGGUGCCCAAGGAUGGUGCAUGGCACAGCAGCUUCUUCAGUAGCCAGGUGCUGAGCUGCCCCAAUCCGGCAGCUUGUAGGAGCGAGAAUCGCAGCAAACUGCUUGGUGCACUGCAGUACAAGGUUAGGCAGAAAGCUCUAGAGGCGCAAAACCGCACCUCAUCUGUCCUCGCCGCGGAUUCUGUUCGUAACAUGCUGUCCCAGCGUCUUGACGGCGGUGUUGACUUCGACCUACAGCAGAUACCUCCUCAGCUGCUCCAGCAGUACAUUCCGUACUCCAACAUAACGCAGUAUAACAUCCAGGUCAUCCAGGAGACUAGGCUUUUCAUGGAAGAGUACAUGGCAGCUCAGUGCGCCAAGGGAUACACAGGCACCCUAUGUGGGGAAUGUGCGCCAGGUUACGGCUGGAUUAACAUUGCCACCUGCACCAAAUGCCCCAACGGGUCGCUAAAUGCGCUGUACUACACACUAUCCUCGCUGCUGACACUGCUGUCACUGGCCUUCACGGUGUAUGCAAGCAACACUUCGGCACAGCAGAAGCUUGUGGCUGCAAGCCAACACUCCGAUUUCAACAGAUAUGCCAAUGCAUCCUCUGGCAGUGUUGCUGAUAAGGACAUUACCGCACAAGAUCCUAAUGCUGGAUACCUGACGCACAUGAAGCGUGACUACGCACACCAACAAUCGCUGCAGCCUUCUCCAUCAGCACCACAACCAUUCAUCACUUGCCAGUUGGAGUUAAAGCAGGACUCUAUGAAAGUGUCGCAUGAGGAACAGAACCGCCAGAAAGCCAUGGAAGACCACUUGCUGUCUUCGUUUUCGGACAUUACAAACUUCCACUCCGUGUUCCUGGAAAACGAGGUGGUCGUUCUCAUCAUGGACCCCGCUCCCGGGCCUCCAGCCAGUGAGGGGACCGCCGGAGUCUUCGAAAGCGAUUCUACUGCGUCCGGGUAUAACACGGUCCACCACCGCAACGCAGGAAGCAACACAACAACAGGAGGCGGAGAUGACGUUGACUCUUUUGGCAAUCCAUGCAUCAAUCUGGCAGCAAACUCCUUCUCACGAUCAAGUGGAGGCACGCCGUCAUCCAUGCCGUCAGCUGAUGUUGGGCUGCCUGACGACAACAGCAGCGAUCAAGCGAGCGCCCAGAAGGCCAUGGAAAUGCACGCAAAGGCACAGCUGCCCACUCUCUUGCGGCUUUUCAUCACGUACCUCCAGGUGCUGGCGCUGAUGCGUGUCGUACCGCUGGAUCUGCCGGGUUUCAUGAGGAUCUUCUACGGCAUUUGCAUUCAGGCCACCAGCUAUCCGGGCACGCUGGUCUCGCUCGACUGUUCGCUGCCUGAUACACUGGUCAUGUCCCGAGGUGCCGCACGCAUCCUCAUUACCAUCCUGGCCCCCGUCUACACCUUCAUUGGAGCCAUGCUGCUGUUCUCGCUGUGGGACGUCGGGGUGUACUACAUGUCCUGGUACCAAACGAUGCGGCCGGCCGGCGGCUUAAUCAUGCAGCAUAUCACCAACCGCAACAACCGACUGCUGUUGACUUUCAGCAACGUGAUGCUGUUCUUCUACCCCAGCGUCUCCCAAGCCCUAAUGUCCAUUUUCGACUGCUUGCAAAUCGAUACGUACGACACUUCCAAUAUCUUGGCGAUGCCGUACUAUCGUACGGAAAGCGUCUGGCAGCAGGACUUCAGCGUCAAGUGCUACAAGGGCAGCCAUCUUGCGCUGGUGCUGGGGCUCGGCAUCCCGGGAUUGCUGCUUUUUGGCAUCGGCUGGCCUGUGGGCAAUGCGUGGAUCAUGAUUCAAAAGCUGCGGCGGGUAGCUGGCGAAAAACGCAACAUCCGGAACGUGUCUAUUGAAAUCACGGCAGCUGAUUAUUUGCCCAGGUGGAUUUGGUGGGAGUCGGUGAUUCUGCUGCGCCAGUUGGCUAUCGCCACUACCGUCACCUUUGUGAGCUAUAUUUCCUCUGCUGCGGUGCAGCUGCUCAUGGUUCUUUCUGUUCUGGUGGCGGCAGCGGUCGCCCACCUUCUGGCGCAGCCCUAUCGCAGCAUGUUCGCGGGGCUGAUGGCACAGGUGUCGCUGUGCUCGCUCAUCGCCACCGUCUACCUACUGCUUUACCUGACGCAGAUAAGCGUGAACAACAGGGUGCCGCGUGUUACCAUCUCCCUAGCCAUCGUGGCCAUUAAUGCGGUGACCAUUGUCGCAUUUAUUUGGGGCAUUCUCAAGGCUUACUGGUACGGUCUGCUAAUUGGGUCGGGUCUCGACACCUUGGAUUCCAAGACCCGGAAGUCGCUGAAUUACGCCGAGGCUCGCAAGUCUGUCAUGUCAGCGAUGGUGGAGGAACCGCGCCCCUGGAGAAGUGGGAGGGGCCUGGGCGCUGCGGUCGAGAGGAUUUUCUUCAUGCGGAAGAGCGGUGUGGCUGCUUCCAAGGCGGCCGUGGUGGUGCUUGGUACACGCCUGGGUGGCGGCAUGGACGCAAUCCUCAACAAGGUCAAGUCCUACCGUUCCUUGUCAUCAGCUUCUAGCAGAACGCAGUAGUACAGCCGACCUUCGUGUCCAAGCAUGGGUUGUCUAAGUUUGCACGCCCCCUCGUGUGUUGGGGGCUCAUUCACCACCAACGGUGUGUUACGUGAGCUUUGGCCUCAACCACAUGUGAAUGCAGAGAAAUGCGAGCUGUGCGGGUGAGCAUGAUAUGACAUUGGAAAAACCUGUUAGGGGGUGUUGCAGGACGCUAGGUGCCUCAGCGUUCUUGGGUGACGACGAUCGCAGCAAAGGCGAGGUUUGCUUGCUUUUGCCCACUGUAAUAAUGUGUGCUUAGGCGGAGGAGUGGAAGGCACGUGAGAAUGCAGCCCUAUCGGCAUGAUAAGGUGGCGGACGGGUGUGGACUCUGUGAGGCGCUGAUGGUUGGGAGCCGAUGCACUUCGUUAGGAGCUGCACAAGUGUUUUCCUUUCCUAGUAAGGGCAAUCACAUGUGGGGGGCAGGGGACCUGGUAAGGUAACAGGCGUGUUCUCCCUCCCAGCUUAUUAGAGCUAGCACCAACAGGACCAUCUCUGAAUCCGAUAUACGGAGGCGGUUUGCGAGAGCAUGUGGAAGCAACUGGAGGUGGUAUGGAAGAGGCAGGUUCGUUCGGCGCCUGACUUAAUUUUCCACUGAGGUCUAUCUGAUUGUGCAGUUGUCGGGGUCUUGGCUAUAGUAUUUGCGUGGCUAUUAUGCAGCUAAAGUAGCUUCCAGGACCGAAUUCGCCACGGCUGGAGUGCCGGUACAUCCAACCGUUUGGCAAAUUGGUUCCCAUUAAUGACUUAAUUCACAUUAUCCUUGCAUGGCCGCAUGCACUUCGAGGGUUACGGUUGCAUUUGGUUUCGCAUCGUUUAAGCGACUAACUGCACCCUAUUUGUUUUCCUGAUUUUGACAUUUCAAAUCUCAUAUGGUGUUUCUGCUUCCGCUUUUGGUGGAAGCAGCCUUACGGAGGUUUGUACGGUAUUUCACAUAAAAGGGUUUGGGUGGGUUUUGCCGCAGCCAGAGCAAUGGAGAGGGUGAUGAAGCGUUUCCCAAAUGCAUUGGGCAUUUUGCAAUACACGGUAAACAUCAUAAAAUACCUCAUCAUGUGCACAGGUCGGCUUCUUGUGUUCGAAAAGUGCAGGCAGAGGCGUGGAUAAGCUAGCAUAAGCUAGCGUUCGACGCAUUUUGCUUGUCAUCAGCUCGUCUGAAAAUGCGUAUAAAAUCUGGAUUUGACAGGCAGCCACGUGGUUCGUAAUUUCCCAUUUGCACGUUGUGUAUUGCAAAUGUUUCACUUGAAGGAGCUAUUAUGCGGGUGGCAGUCGAUUAAGUGGUGGGAUUGAGCUCUGUGGCCCCUUCUGCGAAUGUAUGACGUUUUCAUAUGGACAGCCAGAUGAGAACAGAUAUUCCGAUGGCUACUAU